CUUGGGUUGCCACUUAGACGAGGGCGUUGCCAAAGACUAGGGAACGGCGACAGUUUUCUUUCAAGCCUGGUGAUGACAAGUCGCUGGCUGCUACUGACUUUGCUCCUAUAUUUAGGGGCCCAAGAGGGCUCCUCGGGUGUGAUGGAUAACUUUGGUGAUGGCCUCAAGAUGGCCGGCCAAAUGUUUGGUAUUAACACUGUCUCGGAUGUGGCUAAUCUGGUGGCUAAAGCAUUUUCGGGUAAAUCCCCGGUGCCCGUGGCCAACCUGAUGGGUUUCCUGCAGAAUGGCUAUCAACCGCCGCAAAAUAACGAUGCUGAUGGGGAAUCAGAGAGGGAGGAAGAGAAUGUCGAUCAAUCAGAGCAGCAAUCGGAAACAGAAAAUGCCCAAGAGGAACCGCCGACGGAAAAUAGCACGCGUAGACCACCGCCUCUGCCAAGUUUCGAUUCCGGACAAAUGUUCACAAAUAUGCUAAGGAUGGUGGGUUUUGACACCCGCAAACUGGGAGCUCUGGCCUUGAAUGCCAUCAUCAUGAUUGCCCAGGCGAUUGGCAGCACUCUGAUGCAGGUCACUCGUGGAGGCGGCGGCACCACACUCGAUGCGCCGGAUGACCUGUAUGAGCCCAACGAACAUCGCCCACGGUCUUUGUCCAUGGGUUCGCCCAUCGAUUGGUUUCUCCAGCGAUCUGACCGGCACAGCAAGCGACUUCUUACGGACAUUAUGGAUCGGGAUUUACCGGACCACAUAGUGGACAUGAUUGAGGCAAAGGAACCAAAGGGAGAUGGUCCAAAGGCUGGUUGCCUAAAGCUUCUAAUGUGCAAGAGCCAACCCAUUAUCUGGGGCAUGCAAGACUCACUAAAGAAAAGGCUGGCUGGAGAGGCCGAGGAACCAGAGGAAACCGAUAGUUACUUCAACACAAAAAUCUUCUACAAGUAUCUGCCCAAAAUUGACGAUUUCAGAGAGCAUGGUGCCAGCUGUGAGAAGAAAUACCACGAAGAGUGUCCCAAAAAUGCUACAAGUGGAGGUUUUUUAUAGGUUUAAUAAGCAUUUUAAGUUUUAAUUAUUUAGUUCUUAAUUAAUAUUUCAUUAAGCAAACUAACACUGUAGAUAAUUCUAUAUUGUUUGUGGUUUUUAUAGUAAAA